AAGAACCAAAACGAGUGUCGUCGUCGUCGCCGAGCUCUCAAGACACCACCGCCGAUCAGUCGCCGGAAAAUCCACCGCCACCAAAUUCUAGUUGCGAAUCAUUACCAGCGUUCCUAUGAGUUUAGUGUUGGAGUUUGAAGGGUUUGUUGAGUCUGUAGGACGAUAGUGUUGAGAUCUUGGAGGGUGGAAAGGAUACCGAAAGAUUUAGAAAUGGAUGAAAGGAUAGACAAAGUGUUUUUUGAGACGAAACGGCACAUUACUAGACCGUGUUCUCCUAAUUAUCCUCCUCAACAGGCAAAUGAUGGUGGUAAAGGGAACAUUCGAUCACUGCUUUCCUUUCGAGGUAUCAGUCAACUCAGAGAAAAAUGGAACGAAUACAAGCAACCAAAAAAAAUGAGAAGAUUGACAUCCUUGUUUAUCUCUCCAAGAGGUGAGCAUGUAGCUGUGGUUGCUGGAAAUCAGAUAACAAUUUUGAAGAAGGAGGAUGACUACUCAGAGCCAUGUGGGACUUUUACAAGCGGCAGCCCUGCUUCAUUUACAACAGGAACCUGGUCAGAAAGUCAUGAUGUUCUUGGUGUGUCUGAUGAUACCGAUACAUUAUAUUUUAUCAAAGCAAAUGGUUCAGAGAUAGUGAGAAUCAGCAGGAGGCAAUUAAAAGUAUCUCUACCAGUGAUAAGCUUGGUUGUGCUGGAUGAUUCUGAUGUACAGAAAUCUUGUUUGUGUAGUUUCAUUAUCAUUACAUCUGAUGGUUCCCUCCAGCAUAUUGAGAUUAGUCAGGAUCCAAGUUCCUCUAUCUAUUCUGCACAGACCUCACAUAAUGGACUAACUGUAAAGGGACAGUCCGCUCAUAUCGUUUUGUGUGUUGACUAUCAUCCAGAGCUUUCUUUGCUUGCUGGUGUCACAUUAACAUCAGGGUCUUGUUAUAUUUCUCUUUGGCGUAGAAGUGGGAUAAUUGAUCUGGAGCAGUUGUUUACUAUUCAGUUUGAUGGUUUUUAUUUCAAACCAAUAGCUCUUGGAAGUCAGCUAGCAUAUCCAAAGGUUCUAAUCUCACCACAAGCCAAAUUUGUGGCUACUUUAGAUCUGACAGGAAGGUUGCACGUAUUUAAGAUGGAUAAAGAAAGGUUUUCACUUUCAAAAUUUACAUGCAGAGAGAGAUACGAGUCACAAGUGACAAAUAAUUUGUCAAGUGGAGAAGGGAAAGAGUUAAUUGAUAUUGUUGACUUUACAUGGUGGUCCGACCACAUCCUUACUUUUGCAAAGCGGAGUGGCCUUGUGACCAUGCUUGACCUUCUAAGUGGGUUAGAAGUAGAGGAGAAUGGAACUGUAUAUUCUAAGCCUGUUUUAGAAAGAAUAAAGUUGUUUCAAGGAAAUCUGUUUCUUUUGGAAACUUUGACUUCUGAUGAGAGAUCUAGUUCUGAUGAAACUAAAGAUUCACAUACGAUGGAGUGGAUAACUAUGGACAGCCUUGACCAAAUUGACAUUUCCAGGUUGAACUGGAGCCUCGUAUCAUUUUCUGAGAGAUCCGUUGUUGAAAUGUAUAAUAUUUUACUUCGAAAUAAAAAGUAUCAAGCUGCCUUGGAAUUUGCUGAUCGUCAUGGGCUGGACAAAGAUGAAGUUAUAAAAUCACAAUGGUUACACUCCAACCAAGGAGCAAAUGAAAUAAGUACAUUCUUGUCAAAGGUUAAGGAUAAACAUUUUGUACUCUCUGAAUGUGUUGAAGAGGUUGGACCAACAGAAGAUUCUGUGAGGGCUUUGCUUGUACAUGGGCUGCACAUAACUAACCAGUAUAGGUUUUCUGAACCAGAAAAUACUGAAGGUAGCCAAAUUUGGGAUUUCCGCAUGGCUAGACUUAAGUUAUUGCAAUACAGUGACAGGUUGGAGACAUAUCUCGGGAUAAAUAUGGGCAGGUUUUCUGUGCAGGAAUAUAGCAAAUUUCGAGUCAUGCCUAUAAAAGAAGCUGCCGUAACACUUGCUGAGAGUGGGAAAAUCGGAGCUUUAAACCUUCUGUUCAAGCGUCAUCCUUAUUCAUUGGCUCCUUAUGUAUUGGAGAUUUUAGGUUCUAUCCCUGAAACAAUUCCUGUGCAAACAUAUGGUCAACUUCUUCCUGGGAGGUGCCCUCCUACAAAUAUAGCAAUGAGGGAAGUGGAUUGGGUUGAAUGUGAGAAAAUGAUAAGUUUUAUCAACAAGACAACCAGGGAUCAUGAGAUCAAUAUCCAAAUCCAGACUGAGCCUAUAGUCAAGCAGUGCCUAGGAUCUGUUUGGCCAUCCAUUAAUGAACUUUCAAUGUGGUACAAGAAGAGAGCUAGGGAUAUUGACACUCUUAGUGGGCAGCUAGACAAUUGUAUCUCUUUGCUUGAGUUCGCUCAUCACAAAGGUGUUCAUGAGUUGCAGCAGUUCCAUGAGGAUGUCUCUUACCUGCACAAACUUAUUUAUUCUGAUGAGAGUGGUGGUGAAGUAAAUUUGAGUCUUGUCAUGUGGGAAGAAUUAUCUGAUUAUGAUAAAUUUAAAGCGAUGCUUAAAGGAGUUAAAGAAGAGAAUAUGAUUGCAAGAUUCCAUGAUAUGGCAGUUCCAUUUAUGCGAGAUAGGUUUCAUUAUACAACCUCUGUUUCUCAAGGUUGGUUGACAGAUGACCAUCAUGCUGCAGAUGGUAAUAAGGACGAGUCAUUUCUGGUUCGAUGGCUGAAGGAAGCUGCUUAUGAGAACAAAUUGGACAUUUGCUUGCUGGUAAUAGAGGAAGGGUGCAAAGAUUUCCAAAGUAGCAGCCUAUUCAACGAUGAGGUUGAAGCUAUAGAUUGUGCACUGCAGUGCAUUUAUCUGUGCACAUCUACAGAUAAAUGGAGUACAAUGGCAGCUAUAUUGUCAAAACUUCCACAAAUGCAAGGUAGUGAAAUAUCUUUUGAGAGUCUGGAGAGAAGAUUGAAACUGGCGGAAGGCCAUAUUGAUGUUGGGAGACUCCUUGCAUUUUAUCAGGUACCAAAGUCGGUGAACUUUUUCUUAGAGUCUCAUGCAGAUGGAAAAGGUGUAAAGCAAAUUCUUCGCCUUAUAAUUUCAAAGUUUAUACGUCGGCAGCCUGGUCGUUCAGAUACUGAUUGGGCAACCAUGUGGCGGGAUAUGCAAUGCAUUAGGGAAAAAGCAUUUCCUUUUCUGGACUUGGAGUAUAUGUUAAUGGAAUUUUGCAGAGGACUGCUGAAAGCUGGGAAGUUUUCUCUUGCCAGGAAUUAUUUAAAGGGUACAAGUUCAGUUGCUUUGGCAUCAGACAAGGCUGAGAACCUUGUCAUUCAAGCUGCAAGGGAGUAUUUUUUCUCAGCUUCAAGCCUUUCUUGUCCCGAAAUCUGGAAGGCUAAGGAAUGCCUCAAUAUAUUUCCAAGCAGUGGAAACGUUAAAGUAGAGUCGGAUAUUAUUGAUGCACUUACAUUUAGACUUCCCAGUCUAGGAGUGACUCUCUUACCCAUGCAAUUCAGGCAAAUAAAAGAUCCAAUGGAGAUUAUCAAAAUGGCAAUCACAAGUCAAACUGGUGCAUAUAUACAUGUUGAUGAACUCAUUGAAAUUGCCAAACUACUUGGAUUGAGCUCUCCAGACAACAUAUCUUCUGUUCAGGAAGCUAUUGCCAGAGAAGCUGCGGUUGCUGGUGAUCUGCAAUUGGCACUUGAUCUCUGUCUUGUUUUGGCUAAGAAAGGACAUGGUCAUAUUUGGGAUUUAUCUGCUGCAAUAGCAAGGGGUCCUGCGCUUGAAAACAUGGAUAUAAAUUCUCGAAAGCAGCUACUGGGUUUUGCUUUAAGUAAUUGUGAUGAGGAAUCAGUUAGUGAGUUGCUCUAUGCAUGGAAAGAUCUAGAUUUGCAAGGUCAGUGUGAAACAUUAAUGAUGUUGAGUGAGACAAAAUGUCCAGAUUUCUCAAUUCAAGGCUCCUCGAUCAUUACAGAUUCAGCCCACAGUAUACAAGAUAUAAUCAAGCUAAAAGGUUGCUUGGAAAUGGUUGAGGGAGCUAGUUGUGAUGACCAAGAAGUUCAUAUUAGUAACAUUAAGAAUUCACUUUCUGCUGUUACUAAAAACCCGCCUAUUGAUAAUGGUACCAAUUUGGAAUCACUUUUGAGAGAAAAUGGAAAAGUUUUGUCUUUUGCUGCCAUACAGCUUCCUUGGUUGCUUGAACUAAGCAGGAAAACAGAACACUGUAAGAAGCGAAAUACUAAUGUGAUUCCUGGAAAGCAGUAUGUCAGUGUAAGAACACAGGCUUUGGUAACCAUUCUCUCCUGGUUGGCAAGACAUGGUUUAGCUCCUACAGACAAUGUGGUUGCCUCUCUUGCAAAAUCUAUUAUUGAACCACCUGUUACUGAAGAGGAAUAUAUAGCCAGCUGCUCCUUUCUCUUGAAUCUGGUGGAUCCAUUGAAUGGGGUUGAAGUGAUAGAAGAGCAGCUUAGAACAAGGAAGGAUUACCAAGAAAUAUCUAGCAUCAUGAAUGUGGGGAUGACAUAUAGCUUAUUAUAUAGUUCUGCAAUUGAGUGUGAAAGUCCUAUGCAAAGGAGGGAGCUGCUAUUGAGGAAGUUUAAAGAGAAGCACACACAAUCUAGUACUGAUGAAUUUGACAAAUUUGACAAGGUAAAGUCUACCUUUUGGAGAGAAUGGAAGCUGAAAUUAGAAGACCAAAAGCGCGUUGCAGAUCACUGUAGAGCAUUAGAGAAAAUAAUUCCUGGUGUUGACACAACACGCUUUUUGUCUCGAGACUUUAAUUACAUUGGGAGUGUUGUUCUUCCCCUGAUCGAUUCUGUAAAGUUAGAGAAAAAGCACAUUUUAAAGGACAUUCUGAAAUUAGCUGAUGGCUAUGGCUUGAAUCGUGCAGAGGUCUUUUUACGAUAUCUAAGUUCUGUCCUUGUCUCUGAGGUAUGGACAAAUGAUGAUAUCACAGCUGAAAUUUCUGAAUUUAGAGGAGAAAUAGUUGACCAAGCUGUUGAAACCAUCAAAGCGAUCUCCUCUGCUGUGUACCCUGCAGUCGAUGGAUGCAACAAGUUGCGCCUUGCUUACCUGUUUGGUCUCCUUUCUGACUGCUACUUGCGACUGGAAGAAACCGGUAAAAAAUUACCAAUAAUACAUCCUGAUCAAGCACAUGUCUCUGGUUUUGGAUUAUCUCGUUUUUACAGGUUGGUGGAGCAAGAGUGCGUAAGAGUUGCCUUUAUUGUGAACCUGAACUUUAAAAAUAUUGCUGGAUUAGGUGGUUUGAACUUUAAGUGCUUAAGCUCUGAAGUCUACAUGCAUGUCUAUGAUAGUAGCUUGGAAGCUUUGUCAAAGAUGAUACAGACUUUUACCAGCAUAUAUUCUGAUCCGUUGCCAGAGGGUCUCAUAACAUGGCAGGAUGUCUACAAACAUUAUAUAUGGAGUUUGCUGACAGCUUUAGAGACUAAAGCUGGAACAGCUUCCAUCAUCAAAAGCACUGAAACUCUUCAAGGUUUUGUAUGUCAACUUGAGCAGAGCUAUGAAUAUUGCAGAAGGUAUAUCAGACUCUUGGCACGUGUAGAUUCUUUGAACAUUAUGAAGCGGUAUUUCACAAUAAUCCUACCUCUUUUUGGUUCUUAUGGGGGUCUACCAGAUAACUCGGCAUUGCAAGAAUGUCUUAUAAUUCUCUUGAACUUUUGGAUAAGAUUGAUUGAUGAGAUGAAGGAGAUUGCAUCCCAUGAGGAUGCUAGACCAAGCCUCAAGCUCAAUCUAGAUUGCUUAUUGCAUUGUCUAAAAGUUUGUAUGAGGUUGGUAAUGGAGGACAGUGUCUCCCCUAGUCAGGGGUGGGGCACACUUGUCAGCUUUAUCAAGCAUGGUUUAAUUGGUCAAUCUGCUUCUGAACUUUAUUUAUUCUGUAGAGCGAUGAUUUUUUCUGGUUGUGGAUUUGGACCUGUGGCUGAAGUAUUUUCUGAAGCAGUAAUUCGGGGUCCAACUGGUUUCACGUUGGUGGGAGACAGAGAAAUCCAGGAACUCCCCCAUCUCUACUUGAAUAUCUUGGAACAUAUUUUACAGGAUGUGGUCAUUAGUGAAUCCCAGGAAUACCAGAAUUUAUACCAGCUUUUGUCCUCUUUGAGUAAAUUAGAAGGAGAUUUGGAGGAUUUGGAUAAGGUCAGGAAUAUAAUUUGGGAAAGAAUGGCUGAGUUCUCUGAUAACCCGCAGCUUCCCGGUUCCAUUCGAGUGUUUGCUUUAGAGCUGAUGCAAUACCUGACAGGAAAAAAUAUAAAGGGUUUCUCUGCUGGGAUACAAUCUAGUGUUAUACCGUGGGAAGGAUGGGAUGAGGUGCACUUUACAAAUAAAAAAAGUGAAACUACUGCCAAUCAGGGUUUGGCAGAUCAUAAUGAUAGAUCGAACAGGUUUACAAGUACAUUAGUUGCCCUCAAAUCAUCUCAGCUUGUGGCAAAUAUCUCACCCACCAUGGAAAUUACCCCAGAUGAUCUCUUGAAUCUGGAGACAGCUGUUUCUUGCUUCCUAAAGUUGUGUGAUGUUGCUCAAAAUUAUUCCCAUGUUGAAUCUCUGCUUGCUGUGUUGGGAGAAUGGGAAGGAUUUUUCUUGGUGAGGGACGAUAAGGAAGCCUCUGUAGAAGUAUCUGAUGCUGGAAAUGACUGGACUGAAGAUAACUGGGACGAAGGAUGGGAGAGUUUCCAGGAAGUAGGGCCUUCUGAGAAAGAAAACGAGAGUUCUAUUUCCAUUAACCCACUGCAUGUGUGUUGGUUGGCGAUCUUCAAGAAACUCAUAACGCUCUCCCAUUUUAAAGUUGUCCUAAGACUGAUUGACCGGUCCUUAAUUAAAUCUGGUGGGAUAUUGCUUGAUGAAGAAGGUGCAAAGAGCUUGAGCCAGAUCGUUCUUGAAAUAGAUUGCUUCAUGGCUUUGAAGUUGGUGCUAUUACUGCCUUUCAAACCACUACAGUUGCAGUGUUUGGCUGCUGUUGAGGACAAGUUGAAGCAAGGAGGCAUCUCUGACACGAUUGGUGGAGACAUCGAGUUUUUAAUGCUUGUAUUAUUCUCUGGUGUCGUGUCCUCCAUCAUUUCUAAUUCUUCCUAUGGUAACACUUUCUCUUAUAUCUGCUAUUUGGUUGGGAACUUAUCCCACAAGUGUCAAGCAGCUCAGUUACAAAAUCAGAGGCAGAAAGGAAACAGUGCAUUGGGAGAAAAUGAGAGAUCCUUAUUGCUCUUUCGAAGAGUACUCUUCCCCUGUUUUAUUUCAGAGCUUGUGAAGGGAGAUCAGCAGCUUCUAGCAGGACUCGUUGUUACAAAAUUUAUGCACACAAAUGCAUCACUUAGCCUUGUUAAUAUUGCCGAGGCAAGUCUCGGAAGAUUUCUGGAGGUGCAGCUUAAUGUUCUACAUGACAAAUCCACUCCGGAUGAGACGCAUUCACAAGAUGCAUUGCAGAACACUAUUUCCAGUUUGAGAGGCAAGAUGGAAAAUCUGAUCCGACAUGCAUCGUCAUUGCUUUCAACUAACGUUAGAUGAAAAGGCAUUUUAGUUUUCUUUUCCUCUAAAUGAAAAUAGUAAUGAGAAUUUGGUAGUUCGCUGUAUAUGUUAAUAUGUUUGUCAGGUGGAAAUUGUAUUUGUAGCUGGUGAUCUGUUGGGUCUAAAGGUUUCGUUGCAAAUAUUGGUAUUGGCUCAGUUACACAAGCAGACUGUGGUGUCUUUCUGAUCA